AUGACAAUGAACAUAUGUGAGCAGAUAUUUGAAGAAACUAGCAUCCCAUUCUAUGUGUUUGACUCCUCGAUGCAUCUCCUACGAGUAAACAAUUGUUUUUGGGGGUUUGCAGUGUGCACAUAUGCGCUAACAUCACUGUUUGCAGUUCAGAGCUAAGCUUCAUGUAAUAUAAUUGAGAUAUUGUCGCUAUGUCAACUGCAUACCUCUUCCGCACUGCUAUUCGAUUGAACAUCUUCUUUAAUAAAUUAAGAAUUCAAAAGCGACUAAAACAUAUAAGUAGAUACAAGUAAAUUCAACCUGUAUAACUGUACACUUCACAAGCAAAAGAACAGCUUGAUAGAUAAUCUUCCCAUGUAGAAUAUCCCAUCUCAUUAUCAUCAUUAUGGCUCUCCUUUCAAGCUACCUGAAAGUUCAAUUUCCGGAUAGGUCGGACUAAAACAGGAGAAGUAGUAAUCGUUUUUCUCUACCUAAAAGCAACAAUCGCGGGGCAAUCGACCUAGUGAUUGCACUUCGGCGUAUACAAACGAGUGGAGUGUAGAGUACAAAAACUCUGCCGCGUCUAGCUGCUAGCAACCUCGGCAAGCUAAGAUGUCCCAGUAAAACCCCAAC